AUGGAGGUGAAAUACGCUCGCCUCACCGACUACCUCAAGCUCGAAUCACUCACCUUCACAUGUCUAUCGGCGCCGGCAAAGCUCCGGAAAGGGGCGGGAGGGGGAAAGGAUGGAGCGGCGGCGGCGGCGGCGGCGGCGAAUAAUCCGGCGGGGGCGGCGCUGUCGCCGAUCCUGGCCUCGUCGCUAGGGCUGAACCGGAUCAAGACGAGAUCGGGGCCGCUGCCGCAGGAGGGGAUCCGCGGCGAGCACCGGAUCUCGGGGCUCGGGAGCAGCAACCUCUCGAGGGGGCAGGCAGAUGGGGGCGGUGGGUGCUCGACGUCUUCGUCAUCCUCGGCGGCAGGCGGCAUGGGGAAGAAGGACGCGAGGGGGCUCGGGAAGGUCCUGGAGCCGCGCACAGGCUGGAAUGAGGGGCCGGAAGUGACGCCGGAGGCUCAGAUUGGGUUCCAGACGCACGGCAGCAGUCGGAAUUCCGCAAAAACAGGGAGUGGGAAGAUUAAUACAUCAUGGAAACUUCCCGAAGAUAUAAAAACUUCUGCCACUUUUACACCAGCUGCAGAGUCUCCAUAUGAUCCUUGCGAAACACCUACAGAAUCUGAGUCUCCCCGUUUUAAAGAGAUAAUGCAGGCUACAAGUGCACCGAGAAAGAGGUUCCCUGGGGAUGUAAAAAGCUUUUCGCAUGAGUUGAAUUCUAAAGGAGUUCGGCCAUUUCCAUUUUGGAAGCCUCGAGGCAUAUACAACUUAAAGGAGGUGCUCAAAGUCAUUCAGGUGAAAUUCGAGAAAGCAAAGGAGGAAGUGAACUCAGACCUGGCUGUUUUUGCAGGGGACUUGGUUGGCAUUAUGGAAAAAUAUGCAGAUACGCAUCCUGAAUGGAAAGAAACGUUAGAAGAUCUGCUGAUACUUGCUCGGAGCUGUUGUGUCAUGACACCUGGCGAGUUCUGGAUCCAGUGUGAAGCCAUAGUGCAGGACUUAGAUGACCAUCGCCAGGAACUUCCUAUGGGGGUACUAAAGAAAUUAUAUACUCGUAUGCUGUUUAUUCUUACUAGAUGCACAAGAUUGCUUCAGUUCCACAAGGAAAGUGGCUUUGCUGAGGAUGAAGUCGUUAUGGAUCUUCGUGAACCUAGAAUUGUACAGUCUGCUGAUAGAAAAAUUUCAGCUGGACCAGCUAUAGAUGGCAAAAGCACUAAAGUUAUAAAGAGCUCCAAUGAGGCAGCUUCCUCAAGAAAAUCUUAUAGUCAAGAACAGCGUAACUUGAAGUGGAAAAGAAGUCAAGAGAUAAAGCCGGUCAAUUUCUUUUCACCACUUGGGGCGGAAAUUGGGAAGGAUAGUGAAUCCCCUGCUAGCAGAGAGCGAAUGGCUUCUUGGAAGCCCUUCCCUUCUCCUGGUGUUAAACAUCAAAAAGCAGCUAGUUCCCUUGCUAAAGAGGAACCAUCAAACAGGGUUGUCGAACCUUCACACUUUACGAGUAAAAGAGAUAUGAUCUCAACCACUAUAAACCCCCCUGAAUUACCUAGUUCCUUAGAUUCUUGUGCUCAACCAUCUAUUGAAACGAAGCAUCAGCACAAAGUUUCUUGGGGUAAUUGGUCUGAUCAACCGAAUAUUUCUGAAGAUGGCUCAAUAAUGUGUCGCAUUUGUGAGGAGCAUGUGCCCACUCUCUAUGUGGAAGAUCAUUCAAAGGUCUGUGCCAUUGCAGACAGGUGUGAUCAGAAAGGUGUAAGUGUUGACGAACGCCUUCUAAGAAUUGCUGAAACCUUAGAGAAGAUGAUAGAGUCUUACCCCCAAAAGGAUCAUCCGAAUGCAGUUGGAAGUCCAGAUGUUGCAAAAGUUUCUAAUUCAAGUGUAACUGAAGAGUCUGAUGUUCUUUCUCCGAAGCUCAGUGAUUGGUCCCGAAGAGGAUCGGCUGACAUGCUGGACUGCUUUCAAGAGUCUGACAACCCUAUCUGUUUUGACGAUCUAAAGAAUUUGCCAUCUAUGACGUGUAAAACUCGUUUUGGACCAAAGUCUGAUCAAGGAAUGGCUACCUCAUCGGCAGGAAGCAUGACUCCUCGGUCUCCUUUGGUGACGCCACGAUCGCAUCACAUAGACGUUCUUUUAGCCGGGAGGAAUGCACUUGCUGAGAGUGAUGAUCUUCCACAGAUAAUUGAACUUGCUGAUAUUGCUCGAUGCAUAGCAAAUGCACCUUUGGAUGAAGAACGAUCUUUGUCAUACUUAGUUUCAUGCGUAGAAGACCUACAAGAAGUUAUCAACCGUCGGAAACAUGAGGCCCUUACCGUUCAGACAUUUGGCACACGUAUAGAGAAGCUCCAUCGGGAGAAGUACUUGCAGCUUUGUGAUACAGUUGACACUGAAAAGAUAGAUAUAACGAGUACUGUAAUGGAUGAAGAAGAUGAUGUGGUCCGUAGCUUGCGAGCAAGCCCUGUUCAUCCUAUUACUAAGGAGCGUACAUCUAUUGACGACUUCGAAAUCAUAAAACCGAUUAGCCGUGGAGCAUUUGGUCGAGUUUUCUUGGCAAAGAAAAGAACAACAGGAGAUCUGUUUGCUAUAAAGGUCCUUAGAAAGGCAGAUAUGAUUCGGAAAAAUGCUGUUGAGAGUAUAUUGGCUGAACGUGACAUCCUGAUCACAGUUCGAAAUCCUUUUGUGGUACGUUUCUUUUAUUCCUUUACAUCUCGGGAGAACUUAUAUCUUGUUAUGGAGUACCUAAAUGGGGGAGACCUAUAUUCAAUGCUGAGAAAUUUAGGGUGCUUGGAUGAGGAUGUUGCCCGGAUAUAUAUUGCAGAAGUUGUACUUGCUUUGGAGUACUUGCACUCUUUGCGUAUAGUUCAUCGAGAUUUGAAGCCUGACAAUUUGCUGAUAGCUCAUGAUGGUCAUAUCAAGUUGACGGACUUUGGCCUGUCCAAGGUCGGCCUUAUUAACAGUACGGAUCUAUCCGGUCCAGCUGUAAGUGGGACAUCAUUAUAUGGCGAAGAUGAACCUCAGAUAUCUGAAUCAGAGCACACAGAUCAACGAGAGCGGCGGAAAAAGCGUUCUGCUGUUGGCACUCCUGAUUAUCUGGCACCGGAGAUCCUCUUAGGCACAGGACAUGGUGAAAGUGCAGAUUGGUGGUCUGUAGGUGUUAUUCUCUUUGAACUCAUUGUUGGGAUACCACCAUUUAAUGCUGAACAUCCUCAGACAAUUUUUGACAAUAUUCUAAACCGUAAGAUACCUUGGCCUCAAGUACCUGAAGAGAUGAGCUAUGAAGCCCAAGAUCUAAUCGACAAAUUAUUGACAGAAGAUCCUCAUCAAAGGCUUGGAGCCCAAGGUGCAUCAGAGGUGAAACAGCAUGUCUUUUUCAAAGAUAUUAGCUGGGACACUAUAGCAAGGCAGAAGGCUGCAUUUGUUCCCUCUUCAGACAGUGCACUUGAUACUAGCUAUUUCACUAGCCGUUACUCUUGGAAUCCAUCAGACGAACACAUCUAUGAAGCGAGUGAGUUUGAGGAUUCCAGUGAAAAUGGAAGUGUUAGUGGGAGUAGCAGUUGUGUAAGCAAUCGCCAAGAUGAAGUGGGGGACGAGUUUGGAGGGCUUGCUGAGUUUGAGUCUAGCUCAUCUGUCAAUUAUUCAUUCAGCAACUUUUCAUUCAAGAAUCUUUCCCAGCUUGCAUCAAUCAACUAUGAUCUGCUCAGCAAGGGCUUGAAAGAAGAUCUACCACCAAAACCAGGAAGUUGAAAAAGCAGUUCUGUCGGAAGUUUCUCAUUGAUUCAAAUUAAGCAGGAACCAUAAAGCACUUGAAAUGGAGCUUGUACAGCUUGUAAAUAUUGGAGCUCAAGACACAUGGCAAAAGCCUUUCUCCUCUCCCUAAGCUGCAGCAUUGUUGCGUGAAGUUGACCUACACUUUUAGCACCCAUGGUCUUGCGUAUUAGUGUUAUCAUUCACGGCAACAAGAGACAGCCUUGGCCAUCAUUUUUGUCCUUUUUGUGCUGAUGUUUUUACAGGGUAAGAUGGAUUAGCCUUAGAUUCUUCACCACCCCCAUCUUCCCUUAAAGCCAAGUGAGGUCAUGGUCCAUGUUUCUUUAAAAUUGAGGGAGAAAUAGAGAGAAAAAGAGAGGUAGGCUUUCAUUAUCCGGUUCUUGGCAUUGGAUGGAACAAAUGGUUAUUGAAGGUAAAAGGAUUCAGUUUUCCAUUUGGUUGAUCAA